AUGGCUGAGCUUGACGAUGAGGAGGUCGUGGCCCCUGAGGCUGAGCCGGAGGAAGAGGUGACGGACCUCAUGGGAGCCGUUCGUGGCGUACUCAAGAAGUCCCUGAUGGUGGACGGUGCCAUCCGAGGCCUCCAUGAGGUUGCCAAGCACAUCGAGGCGUGCAAGGCCCAGGUGGUGUUCCUUUCCGAGUCUUGCAACGAAGCCACCUACAAGAAGCUCAUCCAGGGUUUGUGCGUGGAGAAGAACGUGCCUGUGAUUGAUGUGCCUGACAACAAGAGCCUCGGCGAGUGGGCAGGCCUCUGCAAGAUCGACAAGGAUGGCAUGCCCAGGAAGGUCGUCGGUGCCAGCUGCGUUGCCAUUAUCGACUUCGGCGAGGAGGGCGAGGCCUACAACUUCAUGAUGAAGCACCUGGGAAAGACAACCACUUUCGGGCAAUGUCUCGAUCUUUCUGUGCAGCCCCUUGCAGAUCCAACCAGCAUUUUUCCCACCAUGAAGGGUGUCAAGGCGGCGGUGCGAGGGGCGCAGGAGACCCUGGGCUUCGACUCUCCGAGCCACAUGAAGGGCCUCCAGGUCUUCAUCGCAGACAUCCGCAACUGCCAGACCAAAGAGCAAGAGCGGACGCGAGUCGACAAGGAGCUCUCGAAGAUCCGGCAGAAGUUUGCGAAUCCGAAGACUUUGUCUGGCUACGACCGGAAGAAGUAUGUGUGGAAACUGCUUUAUGCGUAUAUGCUCGGCUACGAGAUCGACGACACCGGCCACUUUCAGGCCGUGGAGUUGUGCUCCUCCCCGAAGUUCAGCGAGAAGACAGCGGGGUAUCUCGCGACCUCGCUGCUGCUGGCGGACAACAACGACAUGGUGCGGAUGAUCGUCAACAGCGUCAAGACCGACAUCUCCUCGGGCAAUGAGCACAUGGCGGCGCUGGCCCUAAACACGGUGGCGAACAUCGGAGGGCCCGAGUUUGCAGACAACCUCUUCACCGACAUCGCGCGGAUGAUCCUCACGCAGGCCAACGCGCUGUCGCCCUACGUGAAGCGCAAAGCCUGCAUCUGCCUCUUGCGGCUCUAUCGCAAGGAGAACGACGGCUUGCAGCCAGAGGUCUGGUCUCCGAAGCUUGCGGCGCUCUUCAACGAGCAGGACAUCGGUCUGCUGACGUCAGCUAGUGGCUUCAUGCUGGGCAUCUUGGAGAUGGGGAAGUUUCCGGCGACAGGGUGUGGCGCUUACACGUGGAACGAGCACCUCCUCGCGAUUCUUGGCCUCGUGCAGGCAGCGCAGCAGAAAUUGGAAGAAGCCGGCGAAGAGCUUCGUGUCUGCCAGCAGGACUUCAAGCACAAAGCGGCUGAGCUCCAGAAGUUGGAAGAUGAGAAGUGUGAGCUGGAAGUUACUUUGCGGCAGCUUUGCGUGCAGGAGGCUUCGGCACGCGAGAAGCUCCAGCAGAGGAAGGCCGAGCUGAUCCGGCGCGCGGUGGCCGUCUCCGAGGCAGCCCGGGAGAAAGCUUCGGUCACGGAGAGUCGCAGCGCGGAAGAGAUGGGAAAAAAAUGCGGCCACAAAGCGAGCACGUUUGGAGCCCCCGCGUGGUCGGGCGUGGUGGUGCCCGUGUGCCAGUGCCUGGCCAACUUGGUUCAGGGCCUCUGCCCUGAGCACUACGAGUACUACCACGUUCCCGCGCCGUGGCUGCAGAGCAAGCUUCUUCGAAUCUUGCAGUUCUUCCCGGUGUCUAUCUUUGAUGCAGAGCUGCUGCAUCGGCUGAACCUGAUCCUUCAGAGCAUCUUGGCGAAGCCUUCCUCGCAGCGGAGCCCGGCUCCUCUGCAACCAGGUCCCGGCAAGAGGCGCACUAAGGUCGAUGCCGAGCGGCAGAACCGAUCCAAUGCGGAGCACGCCGUCCUCUUCGAGGCCAUGAACCUCAUGAUCCACCUCGAGGACACGGCCGACCCCGAGACCACCAAGACCGCUGCGGGACUGCUUGGGAUCUUCCUCUCCUCCACGGACCCCAACAUCAGGUACCUGGGCUUGGAGACCAUGGCCAGGCUAGCGAGCAACCUGUCCACGCACGAGUACUUGGACAGGUACAAGAACCAGAUCCUGGAUAAGAUGCACGAGACCGACAUUUCCAUCCGCCGACAGGCGUUGAACUUGCUCUACGCGCUUUGCAGGCCGGAGAACUGGCAGCAGAUCGUGGAUCAGCUCCUCGAGAUUUUGGGGUCCAGUGACAACCUCCUCCAAGAGGAGUUGGUCCUUAAGAUCGCCAUCCUGGCGGAGAAGAACGCCAAGAACAUCGGCUGGUACGUGGAUGUCGUCUUCAAAAUGCUGGAGAGUGCUCCCGAUGCGGUCUCUGACGACGUCUGGUAUCGUGUGGUGCAGGUGGUGACGGGCUUUGAGGACGGACCCUCGGAGGCGGAGCAGAACGCGUUGCGAAGGCACGCAGCGAGCAAGGCGUACCAGAACCUCUCCAGUCAGCGAGCGGCCCAUGACACGCUCUUGCGCUUGGGGGCGUACCUCAUUGGAGAAUUCGGGCACCUGCUCCCGCAGAGCGUGACGCCUCGUGCGAAGUUUGAAGCCCUCCACCGGCACUUUCAGCGAGGAUCGCCUGGAACCAAGGCCAUCCUCCUGCUCGCCGCCGUGAAGGUCUUGAACGCCAACCACGAGGCUCUGAAGGGCGAGGUGACGGGCUUCCUACGGGAGAUCCAGGACAAUGCCGAUGUGGAGCUGCAGCAGCGAGCCGUGGAGCUCCUGCAGCUCUCCCGGGACGAGGAGAACCUGGACCAGGUGCUGAGACCGAUGCCUCCGUACGCAGAGAGCGUGCAGAAGAACAAUCCUCUGGUUCAGCGCCUGAAAUUCUCGGCCAAGAACAGGGCGCACACACGUGCGGAGCUGGAGGAGGCGGCGAAGAGCGAAGGCGGCAUGUACAAGCCAGGCCGUGGAAAGGCCGAGAGCGACGGGAGGAUCAUGGAGCUGCCGGACCCAGGCCGUCCCAAGGCCAGCUCCCCUGCUUCACCGAAGGUUCAGGAUGCGUCGGCGUCCGAGUCGUCGGACUCCGAGGAAGAUGCUGGACCCGUGCGGAGCAACGGCACGGCCGGGACGGCCGCGACGGGUGCGGGUGCAGGGAGCCCCAAGGACUUAUGGUCGCAGCUCUGCAUCCUGCCGCAAGGAAGGUUCUACACCUCGCCACAGCUCGUCUUGGAGCUGAAGCAAGAGUACAAUACGGCGACAGGUCGCCUGACGAUUACCUUUGUCAACUCUGCCAAGGCUCCUAUAGGGAACAUCCGAGUCCAGAUUCCGCAGGUGGAUUACAUGCGAAUCCAGACCUUCAGCGAGGUGCCCGCUUCAUUGAAGCCUGGCGAGCAGGCCAGCCACUUCGUCCAGGUUCAGUGCCUGCGUCCCUUCCUACAGCCGGCCAAGUACCUGGUGGAGUACUGCACAGCACCCGGGGCACCACCUCAGCAGCUACCGCUGCUGCUGCCCGCUGUCGUGACGAAAUUCAUGACGCCUGCGCAAGUGCAGAUGGCCCAGUUUCGGCCUUUCUUUGAAAGCUUGACCGGACCGCGGGAGCUCGUGCUGGAUGGCCAGGCCAAAGCUCAGCCGAACGAGUGGGCCAAGUAUCUGGAGAAGGGCUUCAACAUGUUCGUCCUCCCCGAGAGUGGGCCGACGGCAGCCUUCGCUGCAGGCACGCUGAACACGGCCACGCCGGACCCGCAACAGCCCGAGAAGAUGAUGACCGUCCCUGUCCUUGUCCGUUUGCAGUACGACGCGGGGCGCCGGCUCUUGCGGCUCAUCGUCCGGACCCAGCACCCCGAGGUUACCAACGCCAUCGGGAAGAUUAUGCAGAGCUACCUCCAGGGCGGCUGA